CACCCCUGACACAAGAAAUAUUUUAUUUUUAAAACAAGUCAGGGAAUUUUAUAAGCUUUUGUUAUCCCUUGAAACUACACUUCUUCCUUCCACAUUUUAUACACAUUAACAUGAUUUUUGAUACACACCAUGUUCAUGAAAUAAAGUAUAAAACAUGAUUUCUUUGAAAUUGCACAUGCCAUGAUUAUGAUGAUAUAUUUUCCAUGAAACUGCAUGUGCCAAGAUUAUGAUGACUCACGUUAUAUUUUCCAUGAAGUUGCAUGCGCCAUGAUUACAAUGACAUGUUAUAUUUCCAUGAAAUUGCACAUGCCAUGAUUUUAAUAAUUAUGUCAUGUAUAUGCAUGAUGUUGCACCCCAUGCACCAUUAUUACAUGAUUAUGACUGGUACUGGAUCACACAACAUGUAUGAUAGCACGGCAAACCACACUCAACAAGUGUGGGCUAUCGGCCGGAUGGUCUUCACCUAGGGAAGCUUCCAUUCUGGUUGCUGUCUUGCGGCCAUAGGAUUGAGCCAUGUUAGUCCUUUGGGACAAGCCAACAUGCGCUGCUCAUGGUUCAAGACAUGCGGAAAUGGGCCAAGGGAUACCAUGGAAAUGUUUUGGGUUGUCAGUCCCAUGUUGAGGAGGGCCAGAGAAUAGGAAGCCGAUGACCUCUCCUUGUAGUAGUCUUGUUUUGUGCCCUUGGAUACAUAUGUAAGAUGUUUUGAAAGACAUGUAAUGAGUUUUGGGAUCCCAAUCCUUGUGGACAGUUGUUUAUAUAGCCAAUAUAGAAAUCGGAGUUUAUAAAGUGGGAAAAGGGAAAAAUACGAAUUAAAUGUUGCAGCGGUUCGUUGACAACAUCCUUGCCGUCACAAAAGAGUCAGUAAAGACAUUUACUUAUGAAUCUCUGAACAAUAUUGUGAGGCUGAUCAAUGGAGUGUCAGCACUUUUGUUGACCAUUUUACCGGGGAAGGCUACUAUCCUUGAAGGUAUCCAUGGCUGGGAGCUUAGGCCAGGCUUUCGUGGACCUCGAUUUCCACGUUGGAUGGAAAAUGGUGUGUCCUCUUUCAACCAGUUCAUUCAUGAGCUUUCUAUGGAUUCUGAUACAUCAAGCGUAGAUUACUCUUCUGCCGAAGAAGAUAGCGACCUAAACAUAUAUCCUGCAUCACCAUCAUCUCAGAGUUCACGAGUCUCUGGGUCCAGUGCUUCCACCAAGUAUGAUAAGCAUAGGACAGGAUGGAUCAGGUGCAUAUUCUUUUGGAUUCUGUUGCCCGCAAAAUUCCUUCUGGGAAUCCCAGUUCGUCUUUGUCAUUUUGUUUAUAAUAAGGGAUCAAAAGCCCCUGCUAUUUCUGGGAGUCAUAGGCGUUUACAUCCAAUUAAAAGAGUGCGAACACUCAAGGACCAGAUUGUUCACUUUACCACUGACAGGAGACGUGGAGUCAUAGAGGAUCUUAAUCUAGCAAUCGAGAUCUUCAUAGAAGCUAUUUUUGAUGUUGUUCAUAAGGUAGCUCAUUUUAUUCUCUCCCCAUCAGCGGCUUUUAGAAAACUAUUGAGCUGGGUUUCAUCUUACAAAGGGGGUACUAGAGAAAAUCAUGGUAGUGUUUUGGAAGCCUCUGUCACUACAGCUACACUUGGGGAAAAUGAUCCAGCUCCUACAGAAAGGAAUACUACUUUUCAUCAGUCUCUAAAUACUGAUGCUCGGACAUGUCAGGAUGUCAUAACAGAGCUUGGGUACCCAUAUGAAGCUAUCCAUGUGAUCACUGCUGAUGGAUAUGUUCUUCUUUUGGAAAGAAUUCCUAGACGUGAUGCACGGAAAGCAGUUUAUCUUCAGCAUGGAAUUUUGGAUUCAUCUAUGGGUUGGGUGUCCAAUGGGGUUGUUGGUUCUCCUGCUUUUGCAGCCUUUGAUAAAGGGUAUGAUGUUUUUCUUGGGAAUUUGCGAGGUCUGGUUUCUAGGGAACAUGUUGACAAGAACAUUUCCUCACGACAGUACUGGCGAUACUCCAUCAAUGAGCAUGGGAUUGAAGAUAUUCCUGCAAUAAUAGAGAAAAUUCACCAAGUAAAAACCUCGGAAUUGAAGCUUAGCCAACCUGAUCUCGAGCAGGAAACCAAUGAUCAGCUUUACAAACUUUGUGCUGUCUGUCAUAGCUUGGGAGGAGCUGCUAUGUUGAUGUAUGUUAUAACACGCCGAGUGGAAGAAAAGCCCCACAGGCUAUCCAGAUUGAUUUUAUUAUCACCUGCCGGAUUCCAUGAUGAUUCUACUUUUGUCUUCACGGUGGUGGAGCAUAUUUUCCUUAUGUUGGCUCCUAUUUUGGCACCACUCGUGCCUGGCUUCUACAUACCAACCAGAUUCUUCCGUAUGCUACUCAACAAGUUGGCUAGGGAUUUCCAUAACUAUCCUGCAGUUGGAGGGCUAGUUCAAACUCUGAUGAGCUAUGGCUUUGGUGGAGACAGCUCAAAUUGGGUUGGUGUCUUAGGGCUACCUCACUACAACAUGAAUGAUAUGCCUGGAGUUUCAUUUCAGGUGGCUCUCCACCUUGCGCAGAUGAAGCGUAGCGGAAAAUUUAAAAUGUUCGAUUAUGGGAGCGUGUCCGCUAACAUGGAGGCGUAUGGAUCUCCUGGGCCAUUGGACUUGGGUGAAUUCUAUUGGCUCAUUGACAUUCCCAUUGAUCUGGUUGCCGGACACAAGGACAAGGUAAUCCGGCCAUCGAUGGUAAGAAAGCACUAUAAAUUAAUGAAGAAUUCUGGUGUGGAUGUAUCAUAUAAUGAGUUUGAGUAUGCCCACUUGGACUUCACCUUCUCCCACCAUGAGGAACUCUUGACAUAUGUCAUGUCACGCUUGCUGCUUGUCGAGCCUACUACGAAACACCCAUCUAGUCGGAAGGCUGAGAGGUUGAAGAAAAAAGGACAGGUUAAUAGUUAAAAAAUUUUAAAAAAAAAUCAUGCAUUACUUUUUUUUUGUUGUUGUUGUGAUAUGUAUUUCAGGUUUAGGCAUGUUAUAUCUGUUGUGGUAGAUGGUUGAUUAGAUUUACACCUUAGUGGUAUAGUUUUGUACUUUGAAUUCAAAAGUUGUAUCACAUUGUAUACGCUGAGAACACGAACACGAUAACUGUUGUACGUGGCUUGGUCAUCUUUCCCAUCAUUUUUUUCUGAGGGAAAUGAUUUUGUUGAAAGGUUAUGCUUGGAUUGGGAAUGUACUGAAAAGUUGUAUACUUUGUAAUAGGGGUUAUUGGAUUGAUGGCAUGUGUUUUCUGUAAUCUUAGACUGCAGUUAUGGCUU